AUGUCCUCAACACUGCUAAUGAAGGAACACUUCAAGACCUUGCUGAACCGGCUAGCACCGUCAGCUCCUGAACUCGAAUACGUUCAUAGACCGAUAUGUGCGGUUAACGAGGAGCCACCGACCGAUUCGGAGGUCCUGGCCUGUAUUCAGAAAAUGAAGAAUGGAAAACCUGGUGGAGACGACGGGAUUAGCGCAGAAAUGCUAAAAUAUCUCCCUCCGUCUGGGAUUCGUGAGAUGACAAAGAUCAUCCGUUCAAUAUGGAUAAACGAAAGGAUACCUGACUCGUGGAGACUCUAUCAUAAUUCCCCUCCACAAGAAGUUAUCCGUCACGGACCACAGGAAUUAUCGAGGAAUCUCUUUGCUGCGUGUUAUGUACAAGGUACUGGAGUGCAUUAUCCUGGACCGACUCAUUAA